CAAUGAUAAUAAGUGUUAAAAGUACGAAUAGACGCCAUGUGUCUAAAAGAUACCUGAGGAAGUAGUUAAAUACUUUGGGCCGUUGUCGUCCAUGGAAUCACCUGAGAAGCAAACUCCCAGGUCUAGCAAUGCAUUUAAAAACAAGCCUGGGCGAGGUCGAACCGCCUCACACGUCAAGAGGUCUAAUGAUAGAACAAGUCGUUCAAUGGCUAGUAGACGUACAUCUGUAGACUCAAGGAAAAAAAGUAAUCCCAAAUGUAGUAGAGGAAAAGCUUAUGCUAAGCUUAUUCAAACCAAAUCUCAACGCAGAAUCCCGAAUGGUCGUAUUGCUAGCCGUUCUUCUGCUUUGUACAGGUUAAAAUGCAGAACUUCACAGGCUGUGUAUGUUAAUAAACGACCAUAUAGGCGUCGUAUUCCAAAUGUCAAUUCUCAGGCAAAUACUUCACCACAAACUAACUCUGAGUUUGGUAUCAUUCCUAAUGAUGAAAACCCAGUUGAGCAGGUUCAAUCGGUCAGUUGUUCCAACAGAACAACAGGUCUUAAACGAAAAUACACUCGGCGCUAUUCAUCUUCAAGAUUUUCUUAUACUAGAAAACCCAAUGCUAGAAGUACGCAGUCCAAUUACACUAACUCAAUUGUUGAUUUUAAUAACUUGGUUAAAAAACAGGAAGCAUUUGUACGGGCUUUUGCUAUCCCAACACACUUGUAUAGAUAUCUUUCCCAUCGUCAUCGUGAUCGUCCGUUAUAUCUGGACCGUACUCUCAGCUAUUUGAUGCCAAAUCCAUCCCGUAAACAGUCGUCUGGUUCACGUCGAAGCAUAAACAGAAUUGUAGAACGUCUAAUUGAAAGACGAAAAGAUUGCAGACAGAAUGAUGAAUCGAAGGAUUCCAGUAAGUACUCAGAAUCCAUUUCGUCUUCCUCUUCAACGACUCCUGGUGAAUUGCCUCAAGAAUUAGAACUCGUUUUUGAAGGCUUUUACGAUAGUGAAAAAGAAGUGGAUUGGGUCACCGUGGACGCUUCUGUUAAUGUUCAUUUACGCUUUGGAUGGGCAUGGCGCCGUAAAAUAUGCCCAGAUGAUACAAUUUUAAAUAUAACGCCAAAUCCAAUUCGAAUAAAUUGUUACAGUCAUUCAACUGGCUACACUUCCCUAGUUAACUCACCACCUACUUCUAAUAAUGAUAAUAUUAUUACUGCUACUACAAAUACGACCCAUACCGCUUGUCGUUUCUCUUUAACCGAUCUAAUUAAUCAAGUUAAAUGGAAUACAUCUAGUGGUCGUUUAACAUCUGCUCAAUUGGAGUUACAUGUUUCCGCCACUGAACGACGUUGGUUAAAACGUCCCGAUUUAAGUCAUGGAGCAGUUAGUUUGAAUGGAAUUACUCCAAACAUUUCAAACAACUUAACAAAUCAUAUUGUUAAUCAUAUAGACCAUAACAAUAAUAGUAAUAAUAACCUAUCCCAAAAUUUGUCUAAAAGUGUUCAUACUGAUGGGAAAAACAACAACAGCCAUGUAACAUUUAUCAAUGGUAAUCCAUUGCGUAAAGGUGGUUUAAGUUCAAAUUCCUAUCCAGUUCAAUAUGCUACAGCUCCAUUACCUUUGAUCGUAUCUUCAAUUGGUUUCGAUAGUACCAGUACCGGUCGUCAAUUGCUUCUGACUCCUGGUUUAUAUGAAUUACGCCUUGGUGUAGACACGUCCGACGGCAAUGGUAGUAGUGGUGGAGUGAUGAAUAAAGUUGUGCCAUUAAAAUGUUUAGAUGACAAUGUAAGUGAAAAGUCAUAUGUUUCGGCUAACAACGACCAAGCAAGUGACACGUGCUCUAGUCAAGUUGAAUGGAGGCGCAUUCGGUUUCCUAAUUCUUCCACGGCACUAGACGAGUAUUCUCGAUGGCCUCGUCUUCGGUUUUCUGUCAUAUGGCAUAAUAAAUUGGAAAAUAAUCACAUCAUUUCACCUUGUAGAUCGAUGGAAACUCGAAGACAAGAUAAUACCCAUGUACAUAUGGAGGGUCGAUCCUCUCUUACACGUUCCAUGACAAGUUCUCAUAAUCGAGAUGUAAUGAAGUCUCAAAAUCAGUCUGCCACACCGCAUAAACAAAUAGUUUUGAAGGAGUCUUGUGAUUCUUCUGUAUUCAAAGAUUCAACCGGUUUAGAUAAAUGUCUCUCUAAUCGUGUACAACAAAGUCUCUCUGCUCAUUUUGGACCAGACGUUGAUAAGCCCACGUCUACGAAGACGCCACACUUAAUUCAUCCAAUCACAUACGGUUUUGUAUUCGGGGGUAAUUUACAACAAUGGUCUCAGUCCACUGAUCUUGUUUGUCCAUGGUGCCACUUAGAUUGUGCUCGUGCUGGUGAUAAAGGUCCUGAAGCCUUGAUUCUUCAUCUUCGAACUUGUCAUCCAAGAUUUCGUCUCAAGGUUAUAUGGGAUCCAUCACAUACACAGUUAAGCCUACAAGUUUCAUUAAAUGAAGCAUAUGACGGUUCAAAUGAUUGUGGUAUACGUAGAUGGUGUCCGAGCGGUCGGAAUAUUUUCGUUUUACGACAUCAUGUCAUUCCAUCAUCUGGUCAGUUAGUCGGUAGUUGUGCUGCCCUAGGUAUAAAUAGUAAUGCCAAACAGUCAGGUAAUCAAGGUCGUCAUUCUAUUUCUCCAACUCUGAUUGAUGCCACUGUUCGAAUUCGUUGUCCUGUUCGACGAUUGCCGUACACACAUUUGAUAUUUUGGCGUGGUGCUGAAUUAUCAACUGAUCAGUUACUUGAUCCUACAUUAUCGGUACGACCUAUGGUCACUGGACAUAAUCGUAUUUAUUAUCAUACACGUACAUCCCAGCCUGUUCGUGCUUGUGAAUUUGAUGUGGACUCUGAAGCGGAAGAUGCUCCAGUCUGGCUUCGUCAACAUUAUCAACGUAAAGUGGAGGAGUUCACCGAUGUGAAUCCGGGUGAAAAACAAAUUAUGCAAUUGUGGAAUGCUUUACUACUAUCAAUUCGUCCAUCCGGUUUAGUAGUUUGUGACAGUCAAGUAUUAACGUUAGUCUGUCAAUUUAUACAUCAGCAUAGUCGAUGGAUUCAUAGACGACGUCUACGUACUAACCUAUUGUUACAUUUAGUGAAUCUUGUUGAUUAUGGCUUAUUAUCAUCUAGUCAAUUGCGUCAAUUAAUGUUAAUUCAUGAUAAACAUGUACAAGAAUUAAAUCCAAUCAACAAUACAUCAGUGAUUAAUAAUCACAUGAUUAAUACACAACCAUUAUCAUCUCCAUCGAACGCUUCAACAACAUCUUUCUUACCCGACUCUAAAUUAGUUAAUCAUCAUAUUAAUAAGUCACAACCAAUUAUGCCACGUCUUCUUCAGAUGUUCUCUUCAACAUCUAAUUCAUAGUGCAAAAAAAUUCAAUGCUGCUUACACUCUUGUUUCCCAAUUUGUAUACUCUUCCCUUCUAUGUAUGUAUGUAAGUAUGUAUGUAUGUAUGUAUGUAUGUAUGUGUCCGUGACGUUAAUACUUAGAAUAGUUCGAGAGACGGAUGUGUGUAUGUAUGUGAAUCGAUGCAUUUUUUUAUUUACAGAUGUUUCCGUAUAGGCCAAAUAAAUUGUUUUUUGGAUUUUUAAUUUUCUUUUUUUUACAAUGAAAUCACACAAAACAGUAAUUAUCUUUACACAAUAAGUAUGUCUAUGUGUACGUUUCUUCUCUCCUUAGAAUUAUGCUCAAUUUUUUCUCCACUUUUCAUCUUUCCUGUGUGUUUUGUGUAGUUAUUCAGUCGUGUAAAACCUCAACAUCAUUUUGAUUGUUUUGUAUUUUUACAAAAAAGAAUUUCUAGAUUUUACAAAUUCCCAGGGUCUAUAUGUUUGUCUAUAAACUUACGUACAUACAACUAUAUGUAAUUAUUAACGAUAAUGUGACCGUUUUAAUUUUAUAUGCUAUUUGUAUUUCUGUAGUGUAUACAAGUGUUCCUUCCACUCCCCCUUCAUUGUUGUUCAUUUAUUGAAUAUCACUUUUUCCAUUCAACAACUAACUAUCCUCAGGGGACGUUCAUCAGCUUGGUUCCUGGUAGUGUUUUUGGUUCUUUCUGCUCUUUCAUUAUAAUAUAUAUGUGUGUGCUUUCUAUUCAAUUAUAAUCUGUCUUUUCUAGCCUGUUCGUGUGCAUGUAUACACAUAUGUUUGUGUCAUGCAUAUUAUUUCGUCAAUUGUAAUAACAAAACCCUAAAAGUCUGUGCCUUCUUCAUAUUGAUGAUGAAUUUCUAAAAAAAUGAUGAAGAGCAGUCUCAUAUUAUCAUUAUCACUAGUAUUAUUAUUAUUAUUACUAUUAAUAGAAUUAUUCUUAUUAAAUUGUGUUUUCACGAAUACAAAUGUAUGUAUGUUUGUAUAGGUAUUCAACAACUUUCUUGUAUAUUACAAUUGUUUAUCUGUUCAAUUAUGAUUGUUUUCUACUCUCAUGUAUAAUUCAACUGUGAGGUGAAAUGUGUAAUGUAAAGAAGAUAAGCGUAAAAAUAGUCAAGUUCAAAUGCUCAUUUAUAUUGACAAGUGAAAGUAAUGUAAUUACUAUUAUUAUUAUUAUUCUCUAGGUAGGAUUUUUAUUGUCCAUUUAUGGUUAUUAUGACUACUAUUAUUUUUAAUUUUUUUAGUAAGGUAUCUUCGUUUUUUUCCUGCUCUGAAAUUAUCAGAAGUGCAAAAUAUAGUUUAAUGAAUGACUGACUUGUUUAGUCGUAUUUUUCUCCUGUCUAAUUCAAUGAACAAUGUAUAUUAUUAUAUCAUCAAAAAUAUUUUUCUAUUACUACUAUUAUGUAAUAACCGGUCACUGUCCUCGUUGUUGUUGUUGUUGUUUUCGCUGUUGUUAUGAUUAACUCAGGCUGGUUUGUGUUUCGCACAUAUUAUGAUUGAUCUUAUCACUUUUUCUACUUCUACUCGACAACUAUUAGUUCAAUUAAAUUUUUUCCGACUUAACAUGUAGCUAUGAUUUUCUCUCUCUGUGUGUAUGUACGUUUUCCUUAGUAUACAGGAUGAAUUUAUUUUCGUCUCGAUUAGAUUUUGGUCUCGAAUCCCUUAUUUUGGUUUGCUUAUUUAGUUUGACUAUUCCAGAUGAUGACGACGCGUUUCAUUCUUUGUGUUUGUGUGUGUGUAUGUUUUAGGAGUAUUUAUUUGUCUCCCUGUCCCUCAUCCCUCUACUUAUGAUUAUAGGAGUUUUUUGUGGCGCAUUGAAUUGUGCGAACACUUAUUCUUGUAUGAUUUGUUAAUUAAUUUUGUCCUAUGUACUUAGGAUUUAUACAUGUAAUACGUAUUAGCUUUAAUUGUCAUUUAAACAACUGAUGAGUAAAUUUUUCUACAUACACAUAUAUACUUAAAUAUUUAUUUACUGUAAUGCCAUCUUCAUGUUUGUAUGUGUUUUCUACAUUCUAUUCUCAUUUCUUUCUUUUUCAUACAAUCAUCUUUGUUUAUCUAUUCACAGGAAACUGAUUCCUAAUCUUGUCCUAUUUUACAUUCUUCUGGCAGCUACCUGUUCUUUUGUGUGUAUAUGAUACGACCAUGUUUGUGCGUGCAUACACACACGUACAACAUUCUUUUGAUAUCUUUAAGACUAAUGUUUCCUUUUUGAGAUAUUAUCCCUCUAUGUUUGCUUAUCGAGAGAGUUUUGUAUGUAUCUGUGUAUGUUUGUAAUCGUUCCAUCUCAAUUACCCUUUACAUUUUAUACUUUUUUCAAUAUAGUAAUAGUAACAAUUUUUUGUAAAAGAUGUUUCCAUCUACUUUUUUAUACCCAAACGUAUAUAUAUGUUUAGUUAUUAAGAAGAGUGCUUGAUGCACUGUAUAGGCUUUUCCUAUUUCAAAAUAAAAAUUUCUUCUAAUUAUUUAUUCGCAUUUGUUCUUGUCCAUAGUUUUAUGCUGUGAUUGUUUUUGCCUCAUGUUCUUACUGUUGUCAUGUACGCUGUUGUUGUUUAAUGAUGAUGAUUUAACUUCCCUAACUUAGUAGUAGUCCUGUUUUCACUUACCUUCUAAAUAUUUUUCUACGAAAUACCAUGUACUCACUAGUGACCAGCUUUAAAGGAAGCUCUAUUGAGAAGCCGUGACUUAAUGUAGUUCGACCAUGUUGAAUGUGAAAAGGUUACCCACCGACGACAGUGAUAGAUAGUCAUGCAGUAUCGCAGAUUACUUGGAGUCAUAUUUAUACACCGUCACUGUGCUAGAGAUCUCGCUUUCUUGUACGAAACCGAAUGUCUUGGUUCUGAUCCCUGGCUGCGGGGUCGUGGGUGCACACUGAUGAAUUCCAUACUAGAACUAAACGGUAGUCUAAUACCACCAAGUUUUCAGUGAUUGUCUAACACAGAUCUAUUCAUAAUGUCGAUAUAAUAGUUGGGGUUUUCGAACAACUAACACUUCCAUCUUUUGUGUCAGUUGCAUUAAACAAACAAUCUGCUCGUUGUAGAUAAAAAUGGACAAUCUAGUGUUUUUGUAUCAUGAUAGCUGAAUAGAUAUAUUUCAAUCAAUCGCAGAUUUUGUGAAAGUACUUUAGUCCAAGCUAAGUUGAGUAAACUAAAUAAUUAAAAUGUCAGUGAUGAGAAGAAUUUUACCCAUUAUCUUUCAAUAGUACUUGAAUGAAUGAAAUAAAGUUACUUGUGUUUUUUUUAAUUCUAAGAAUUUCUGUAAACUAUGUCUUAUCAACUGCUUGUCUAUUGAUGCAUAUGCAGAAGACUAUUUUCUGAGAACUUUUAACGUAGUCUAUUAAAUAUUAGGGCAUUACUUCGAAAUUUUAAUGUUUUGUCGAAUAGCACUUGUUGAAGUGAAAAAUGUCAUUUUAAAAGACAUCAACUUGACUAUAGACCACUAGAUUUGAGAAUCAUUCCUAAAUACUGUCGAUUAUAAAUGAAUUGUAUUACGAACUCAUUACUCUCGAUCGUUGUGUAUUCUACUGCUUCACUCUUAUAUAUGGAUACCCUAUUUCAUAGAACUAGUUACGUUAACGUUGAUUAUACAGCUGGUACACUUAAUCCUUUAAAUCCAUUCCCUCGUUUUAUAGUUUGAUAUGAUAUUCACAGUUACCUUCCCAUUCUGUAUGUUGUGCGAUUGUACAUUAGAAAAAUAAACUCAAAGCUGUAUCCCUUCAUAAAUAAAGUUCUUGUUUAACUACUGAUAUUUUUUGCUGUUGUGUUCCAGUUUCUGAGAUAAAUAUGACUAAUCCAAUGAACGAUGAAUCUAUUUGGGAUUCUGGUGAAGAUGAG